AUGAUGAUGACACAGCCCAGAAAACAAUCAAGGAAGCGUGUUGAUACUCAAAAGAAGAACGGUCCUAUGCAGCGCGGCCAACAAAAAAUCAAACUUUUAAUGAAUAAACCGCGUGGUGUUUUACCACCUUUCCCGCUUCCUUAUCCUCCCCAAGUACAACUUCAAAAAAUGGUGGCUAAACUUGCAUCAAAACCAAAGCUAGCGAGGUUUCCUAAUGCAUUUAUAAUGUACAGGAAUGAAUACGUUCAAUUUUUGAAGGCCAAAGGUCUUCAUCUUUCAAUGACUGAAUUAUCUCCAAUGAUUGCAGCCGCUUGGAGGCAAGAACCAGAAUAUGUUAAGGAUGCUUAUACUCGACUUUCAGGCGAUGCUGAAAAAUUAUAUGUUCGAAUGGCCGCGAAUGUGCAACCAGAAAUUAAAUAUAAAUUUCCAGCGCAACGUCAUCCAACUUUUAAUGAUUAUACAAAUGAAGAAUCUACUACUACUAUCAUUCAACGCAAGGAAAAUGAAAGAUCUAAUGACAACGUUAUCAAAUUUGGAAAUAGCUUUGCAUCUGAAUACUCUCACCUUCUUCAUUCAUCGUCUAUUCCUGAUUUGAAAGGGUUUCCUCGUGAUGUAAAUAAUGAUUCUAAUUCGAGGACUUUCUUGGAUCGUUCGUCAUCAACCUAUGAUGGUAGAGAUCUUUCUGUUAUCAAUGCAACAAUGAAUGCGCAAAAUUUUGAUCCAUCCUACAUGAAGCAAGAAAAUUGUUUUAUUCAGGAAGCUCCUUACAUUCCUUACUCACAAAUUCCUAAUCUUAGCCCAUCAUCGUCUCGAUCUUCAUCGACCGAUUCAUUAUUAUGUGGUGAAAUUAGGUUUCCAUCAUCUGAAGAAUUAAUUCUCGGAUCUUUGCCAUCACCUGCUUUGACGACUCCUUGUUCAGAAAUUUCUUUCCCAUUUUCAUCACCACCUUGUAUUAAUUGCAGUAGACAUUAUUAUGAUCAACAAAAUUUUACUGCAUCAUUCGAUAAUGAAUCAUCUCCUGUACAAUCGUCUGAUUUUUAUCCGCUUUCACCCGUAUCACCUACUUUGACAUUUGAUGAAUCACCUAUGCAAUCGCCGACAUUUAACGAUUUUGAUAUCACGACAGAUCUGUACUAUGUGAUAGAUUCUGCACUCUCCUUUGAUCCUUAUGGGAUCCCCACUUCCAGAAGCGUUUAA